CGGCGUGACGUCACGCCGAAUUGCGAAAUAAAUUAACCAUCUUGAAUGGAGGGAAAACAAACAUAUAAAUAUCAACAGCGUUUUAAACUUUUUUUAUGACAAAAAGAUGCCAAGGAGUUGUUGUGUUGUAGGUUGCACAAACAAUUGUAAGAAAAACAAUGAACUUAAAUUUUAUCGUAUUCCUAAAAAUGAAGCGGUCAGAAGAAAAUGGUUAAAUGCAAUUAAUCGUGCUGCAGAUAGCACUUCGUCAAAACAGUGGUCUCCUACGUCUUCAAAUGUUUAUGUUUGUUCAGCACACUUUAUUACUGGUAAAAGAGAGCUCUUUGAGAAACAUCCAGAUUCAGUUCCAUCAAUUUUUGAUACUGGAAUGAAAGGUUCUCCUCAAAGAAAUACCAACAAUAACAAAAUUAACCGAGUCAGUAGGAGGAUAAAUAGACAAAAAAUAAGUGUUCCUGCAUGCAAAAAAUUAAAACUAUGUGCUCAAUCAAUUAGUGAGGAUGUUGAUUUUGUCAUUGAAAAAAGGAGUUUUAGUAACGAAGAAAUCGAUAUCCAAGUUAGUACUGAAAAUUAUUUGCAGCAAUCUGAUAUCAGUAAUCCUAUAUGCUCCAAAAAUUUUUUAGAACAAUCUUCCAGUCAUGAAUUUAGUGUUCCUAUAAUUAAUGAAGAUGUUUAUGUUCAAGAUUCCAGUAAGAGUUAUAUACAAGGAAAGAGUGCUCCUGUAAACAUCAAUGUUCAGCAAAGUUCAACCAAUAGUUCUUUAAAGUCAGAAAUGAGUUAUACUGAAAAAUCUGAAAUUGAUAUUGAAACACCUCUUAAAACAUCAGAAAGACAACAACUAUAUAGUGAAAUAAAUAAUCUUCGAUUAGAAAGAGAUUUAUUUAUGUCGAAGUGGAUAUCAUUAAAAGAUAGCAAUUGCAGUUUAGGAAUAAAUAAAAUUCGAGCCAAUCCUGAUAAGUGCAAUAUGCUCACUGGACUUAAUCUUCCUGUAUUAGAAAAACUGUUGAGUUUCCUAUGCAAAGGAACUCCAGAAAUUUCAUUAAAAAGAUUUAAUACAGAAGAUAAAAUUGUUUUCUGUUUAGUUAAAUUAAGGCACAACAUUAACUUUGAUAUGUUAUCAUUUAUGUUUGAUAUUAAAAAAACUACUGCCUUGGAUAACUUUUGGAAAUGGAUUGAUAUUAUGUAUGUGAAAUUAAAAUAUUUAAUAAAAAUGCAAGAUCGAGGUCAUAUAUACGAAACAAUUCCUCCUGUUUUCAAAAACAAAUUCCCAAGACUAACAUCAAUUAUUGAUUGUUUUGAGGUUUUUGUGGAAUAACCAUCA